GUUACAAACCGGCAAAAGACUGGCUACCCGUCCUUUUCCUCUCUCGACAGCACAGAAAAGAUGGGUUUCACAACAACGUGGUACUCUCAUCCCCGUAGAUUUGGGCCAGGCUCACGAUCUUGGUAAGUUAACUAUUAUAAAAAUACUUGUAUUUUUGGUUGUUUUAAAAUAUUAAGUUACUUACACCUCUUAAAUGAAAUUGUUGAUAAAUAUGAAGCUGAAAGCCUUGAGAAUGAAUGGCACACCUGUUAGCGAUAGGCGGUAGCAUUCCGUUUUUUAAUGUUGGAUUCUCCUUUGUUUGCAUUUGAGCAUAAAUGUCAUAAAAUACUUUAACAUAUCAUGGGUUGUCAGAUGAAUGGGAUUGGCAGGGUCAAAGAAAUUUUUUAAUGCAACAUAAAUAGUAAAUGUGUAGUAGUUAAAGUUAAAGGCAUGAGUUGUCUCGCCCUAAGUAGAUACUUUGGUCAAAAAUGUAAACAUUUUUUAAAAAUAAACCAAUGGCACAGUUGAAUAGAGCUAAUUUUAAACAUAAUUAUAACACCAAAAUCAUAUUUUUAGUUGUUGUAGUUUUAAAGUUAUGAAUUUUUAAAGUACGACUUGGUUUGUCCUUUUUUAACAUAGACUGCAUCUCCACAUUCUGUGACCUCAUUCCGCUGAUCGCGUCAUGCGCAAUGACUAUAUAGUUUAUAUAAGGCAAUGCAUUCCCUUAUCACUAAAAUACUGUUUAGGGUCGACUUAUUUUAAACUUUCAACUUUGGCACAUGAAUAAUUAAUAAAAGCUUUCCCUUACCAAUGGUUUAGUAGCUUUUGCACACGGCAAACUCUUAUGAAUGAAACUCUGAGAUAGUACUACAACGUAGCCGUUAUGCAAGUGGCUGUGAAUGGUUGCCAAUGACAACGUGUUGCACACGGAAAAUUCUGAUCAUUUAUAUUAUGGACUCUGCAGGGUUUUUAAAGCUCAAAUUAAAACAUUUCCAGUUUAAAUGUCUUCAAAAUGCAUUCUGAAACACAAAUUAUAAAAUAUUUUGAUGUAUAUAGUGGUAAUAAUUAAAUAUUUCCUAAGUAUCGGCAACUUCCGCCAUUAAAAAGGGGGCGUGGCCCAAGCCAUGUCGAAAUUAGGCUGAGCCACCUUAUGGUGAUAUGGGUCACUGUGACAAGUGUAACAAACGUGGGACACGACCUACAUCAAUGAAACUUGGCACAGAUAUAGAUCAAUAUCUAAUGCUCAUACAGAUUUAAUAAAAAAGGACCUUAUCUUAUUAUUUCACAAAAAAUUUUGUAUGCGAAGAUGCCUUAUAUAUACCAAAGAUUUUCAAAAUAAAGGUCGAUUGAAAAAAGCAAAAUAGCUGGCUAGAAAUGUAGGCCAAGAUGUCUUCCAAAUUAUAAGGCCGGAAACGGAACUCAAAUAUAUGUGGAAAGAACUAAUUUAAUAAUAAAUAGACACACACAUCGGAAAAUUAAAAACUCGGAUUUUUCGGCGCAGACGCCCAUUUCCGAUACAAAAAAAAUAGUAGUCUCCCUUCUUUCAUCGAAGUAUCUACCCUAAGCAAAGUGACAUCUCUUUGCUUUGUCCACUUGGGGAAUCCCAACCCUGGACUUAAGGCUAAGGUGACAGGCACAGCAGUUGGACCUGAAUGAUAACUUACCGUUCUUCACUGAGUGUUAUUGGCUUUAAAAAUAAUCCAUACUCAUACAGCCAUACAGUUGAUGUAAAAUAAUUUAAGACAUUCGUUUUUUUAUUAAAAUUCAAAGUACAAGAUUCAACAGAAUCUCCCUUGAUGAAUACUGGGGAAAAAAAGACACGGGCAUGGUUAAGUUUUUAUUUUUUGAAAAUGAAAUUACCAGUAAGCCACUCAUUUAUAUAUUUUAAAAUUAUAAUAAAAUAAUGUCGCUAUUGUAUGGGACAUUUCAAAAUAAUUUAUGCCUCCCCCCCCCCCCAACUCUUUCUUGGAAGGUGAUACACCUCUGCAUAACCCCUGCCCCUCUUAAGAUAAAAAGGCAUGGUUAAGUUUUUAUUUUUUGAAAAAGAAAUUACCAGUAAACCACUCAUUUAUAUAUUUUAAAAUUAUAAUAAAAUAAUGUCGCUAUUGUAUGGGACAUUUCAAAAUAAUUUAUGCCCCCCCCCCCCCCCAACUCUUUCUUGGAAGGUGAUACACCUCUGCAUAACCCCUGCCCCUCUUAAGAUAAAAAUCUAAAAAUUAGAAGAAAAAAAAUUACAAAUAGGCCCACAGAGCUAAAUUAACGGAACUAUGUCAGAUAGUUGGCCUGGGGAAACUUCAUGAAUUUUAUGCGGUGGAAGACAUCACUGGCCAAGGGUGCUAUUUUUCUGGAUUAUUCCGGAUUCGUGAGGCUAAAUGUUUUUGAGCUCCAGAUUUGCAAGUUUUUAUUUUCUCUUGCUCCAGACUCACCAAUUCAGUUUUUUCAAAUGCGGAUUCUGGGUUUUGUAAUAAAAAAUGGUAUUCAGGGAGGAAAUGUAGUCGUACCCAUGUUAAUUUUGUCCCUGUUAAUUCUGUUAUGAAUCAUUUAAAAAAAAUUGGAUUGGGUGGGGGUAAAACAUGUUUGCCCAUUCUUGUUAAUUGGAUAAUUUAAACAGUGGUUAAUAUGAAAAUCCAAACUGGUGGAGAAUGUACCAGAAAUUAAUUAGUAUGCUUUCCUUAAAAUAUAUAAUUUUUUCCCAAAAAUUUGCGAGGUCGAAAUGUACAGUAAUGUUCAGCAUCUAUUUCUGUUUAAAAGGAUAUUACUAAUAAUAUUACACAACAUAUUAACAAAGAAAUGACCAGACCAUGAACCAUGUUUUUUACAUUUUCAAAUGGACAAAAAGUUGAACAAAAGUUCUUCAGUGAUUUGUCUCAAGCAGAGAAAUUAUUUAUACAAGAACCUAAUUUAAUUUACCUUACUCUAGGCUUAUGGUGACUGAUGCAGUCCUUAGAUACAUCACAAAUGUUUUUCGUCUGACUGGAUUAGUAUACUUUCUUUUUAGGCUUACCGUUCAAAAAAGCUAUUAAAUUCAUUAUUUAGAGUAACGGGGCAAAAAGUGUUUACAAGAUCCGAAUGGUUCAUUGGACUUUUUUUUAAAGGGCAAGCACCCAAAAGCUUGUAAGUCGAUUUGGUUUAUUAGUUGUACCUCUCAUGUGUAUUUUAUCAAUUUCCUGAAAACAAAUUAUUUAAUCCAUAUAUUUGUUUUCUUUAUACAGCCGAGUUUGCAGCAAUGCUCAUGGUCUCAUUAGGAAAUAUGGCCUAAAUAUUUGCAGACGAUGCUUCAGACAAUAUUCAGAAGAUAUUGGAUUUAAAAAGGUG